GCCUCGACAAAGCCCAUAUAUGCCUACUCUCCAAAACCCUAGCUACUCCUCCAUUUCCAGCAGCAGCCCUUAAGAGAGCCGAGAUUGUGUGUUUGUGAGAGAGAGUCUAGAGAGAGAAGGCAAAGAUGGUGUCUGGGUCAGGGAUCUGCGCAAAGAGGGUGGUGGUAGAUGCGAGGCAUCACAUGCUGGGAAGGCUGGCCUCCAUAUUGGCCAAGGAGCUCUUGAAUGGGCAGAAAGUAGUGGUGGUAAGGUGUGAGGAGAUAUGUCUCUCUGGUGGACUCGUCCGUCAGAAGAUGAAGUACCUCAGGUUCCUUCGCAAGCGGAUGAACACCAAGCCUUCUCAUGGCCCCAUUCACUUCCGUGCUCCUUCCAAGAUCCUUUGGCGCACCAUCCGUGGGAUGAUUCCCCAUAAGACUAAGCGAGGAGCUGCUGCUCUUGCUCGUUUGAAGGUAUUAGAGGGUGUCCCACCACCAUAUGAUAAGAUGAAGAGGAUGGUCAUCCCUGAUGCUCUCAAGGUACUGAGGCUUCAAGCAGGACAUAAGUACUGUUUGUUGGGCAGGCUUUCAUCAGAGGUUGGAUGGAACCAUUAUGAUACUAUCAGGGAGCUUGAAAAGAAGAGGAAGGAGAGAGCACAGGUGGCAUAUGAGAGGAAGAAGCAGUUGACGAAAUUAAGAGUCAAGGCCGAGAAGGCUGCUGAGGAGAAGCUUGGUCCCCAGCUUGAGAUUAUUGCUCCAAUCAAGUACUAAAAUGGAAAGUAUAGUUUCUUAGGUGACCAUUUGUUGGGAAAUUAUGUUCCAGUUUUUAGAGACUUUGUCUUCUUUGAGUGAUGUUUCUCUUUGCUGCUUGUGACAUUUGAGCAGAGAUUUUGCUAUAUUGUGACAUGACUUUAUUUUCCCAGUUAAACGUCUUAUGCUAUUUGAUGAUAUUGUUCUAUCCCUUUACUUCUCUCUGCAUCUUUGAGCCCAUUUUCCCUUAACCUUGGUGUUGUACUGGGUUAGAAGUGUCAAACA